AUGCGGCGAACAAGUAACCUCUCAGGUUAUGGCUCGCACCCUCGCACACCCGCGCUCGCCCACCGCCGGUCGCCGGCGCCGGAGUGGCGGCCGGCGACCGGAGGGAUAACACAGAUGCAGCAAGUUGCUUGUAAAAAAGUGAGCAGAACUAUCGAGGACAAUCAUAGGUUGGAUGAAGAACUGAAGACCUGGCAACGAGAUAUUGACAAUAGACGUAAAGAACUUGAAGACUUGGCAUCCAAAAGCAAUAUUGUGGAUAAAGCAAAGAUCGAAGAAGACUUAGAAAAGAAUGCAAAGGAGAACGAGAGUCUUAAUUCAGCAAUCCAGAAGCAGAUGGAGGCAAAUAAGGAACUUUUCUGUCUCCUUCAGAAACAAGAAUUGCAGGAAGGCACAAAUGAUGCUUUGAGGGUGUUAAAAUGUCUGCAAAAGCAAUUGAACGCCAAACAUGAACUUGAACUAGAAAAAGUACGGUUGAAGGGGGAGCUAGAGGUAAGGAAGCACAUGGUAGCUGAAGAAGAUACAAAAUUGCAGCAGGAUCUUGAUAAGAUGCAUGAAGAUCUGGAAGAGAUAAAUGAGGAAAUAGCGUACGCUAAUGAUUUUAACCAGACCUUUAUUGUUAGGGAAGAAAUGGCUAGUGAAGAGCUGGAAGAUGCCAAGAAAGAGAUGAUAAGGGCCUUGGAACAAAGGUCAGGAAAGUCAGGCACUCGAUCCAAUAUGAAUUUUGGUGUCAAAAGGAUGGGCGAGCUUGAUCAGAAAGCCUUUCGUGCUGCAUGCAGAAACAGAAUAGCAGAAGAUGACUUUGAUGUGGAGUUCACACUUAUAUUUUCAAAAUGGGAGGACGAGAUUAGACAGACAAAAUGGUAUAUUGAUGCUGAUGGCAAAAAGAAGGAAAAAAUUCAGGAAGAUGAUGAGAGACUGCAAGCUCUCAAGGCUGAAUUUGGUGAGGAGGCACACGGUUUAGUUGUUAAGGCCCUCCUUGAAAUGCAUGAGUAG